AUGGCACCCAGGUAUAACAGAAUUGCUGUCAUUGGCGCAGGCCCAUCAGGACUUGCAGCUGUCAAGGCUUUAGAGGAUGAGCGAGUAUUCGACUACAUCCGGGUUUUCGAGCGGAAGGACUGCGUGGGUGGGCUGUGGUCCUACGAUGCGGAACCGGACAAAUUUCAGCCAACCAGCACCGAAGCUGAGGGUGUUCCUGAUAUCCCACUAAGUCUAACGCCCCAUGCUCCGCUGCUUGCUGACCCCUUGCCGGAGAGACUCGGACUUCGUGGAUCGGCCUAUGAGGCUCUUGACACCAAUGCAGGCUCCCGAACUAUGGCGUACACCCACACUCCACUUCCCGUUUCCAACUCUGUUUCAUCAAUUCGGAAACACGGACAGAACAAUUCCACACGACCACGUCGAGCUGUCUUGAAAUAUCUUGAGAAUCUUUUUGAGCCGUAUCUUCAUCGCCUCGAGCUUAGCACAGGUGUAGAGAAGGUUGAGAAGCUUGUUAGCGGUAGUGGGUGGCUUCUUACAUUAAGGAAGAGAAAUGUUCGGCAUGGAUCUGAUCCGAAACCCCGUGACUACUGGUGGCAAGAAGUCUUUGAUGCAGUCGUGGUGGCUUCGGGGCACUUCAAUGUUGCCCACGUUCCACAUAUUGAAGGUCUUGAAGAACUUUCGAAGGAACAUCCCGAAAAGUUUGAGCACUCCAAGUCCUGGAGGUCACAAGAAGGUUAUAUUGGGAAGAAAGUCGUCGUCGUUGGCAGCGGGGUUUCUGCCGCUGAUUUAUCCGAGGACCUGCACGACAUCGUCCAGGCACCAUUUCAUGUUUCCAUGAGGACUGAAGUUGAAUUCUUGAAGAACGCAUUUCGCUUGCCCAAUGUGGUUACAAAACCGCCCAUUAAGAGAAUAUCGAGCGAGGCAGCAGGUGCUCUCUAUUUUGAAGACGGAACGACGUUAGAGAGUUUUGACAAGGUUAUAUUCGCAACGGGGUAUAAGUUAUCGUACCCAUUCCUGCCUUUUGAGGCUGUAACCUCGCAAAACAGAUUGAAAGGCUUCUAUCAGCACGUGUUCAACAUGGAAAACCCUUCGCUGGUAGUAAUUGGACAGGUGCGAGCAGCAAUCAGUUUCCGUGUCUACGAAUACCAAGCAAUAGCUGUCAGUCGCUACUUUGCUGGGAGAACAGAGGAGCUCCCUACUUCUAAAGAGCAACACGAUUGGGAAGUCAAAAGGCUGGAAUAUAAAGGACCCACUGAGCUGUUUCAUGAGAUCAAGCCAGACUUCCAUGAGUACUAUGGCUGGCUGGCUAAUUUCGCCGGAGCUCCAGCUGAAGGAUCUGGUGGCUACAGCUUACCAGUCUUUGAGGAUGACUGGGUCCAGAGUGACAUUGAAAUUUUGAUAGCCAAGGACAAGCAUUGGGCGGCUAUUCGAAAGCGUCAUGAUGAUCCUGGCUCUUCUGAUAGAUAG